AUGGAAGCGGUCGCAUCUUCCCAGGCCACGAGCCAUGGGACAAACGGCGUCGCAGCGGCACCCUUCGCGGCCGUGGACCCAGCUCGUGUCGUGGAUCAUCUCACUGCGCUCCUCGAGGCCGCCUUGGGCGCCACCCCGACAGAGCUCGAGGCUCCCGGCAGUCUGCUCUCCAAUACCCGAUACGCCGACACGCUGCAACGGUGCAGCCGAUUUGCCUUGGACACCCAAGUCGCGCUCUACAUCCAAAAGGAAUUGCUUCCAUCAGAUACCCUGGAAAAUGGGGACUCUCACGAGCGUGCUCCGUCGCAUGUCUACACCAUCUCCUCAGACCUUUCCUCGUCGACGACAACAGUUGCCUUUCUCGUCCUUCUCAAGCGGCCGCAGCCGCUCGACCCCAGCAUCCCGAUAACAUCGCAAAUCCAGAUGCUCAACUUGCCCGGUUCGGCAUACCUCUCUGCAACUGCCGGCGAGCAAGGCCCGACCGGAUCGCCGUACGAGAUCCUCCAGCUCUACCUCCACAAUGGUCUGGCCCCGUAUUUCGAUGCUAGCACCAAGAGCCAACAGAUGCUCAAUGGCGGCAGAGGGCGGACAGACGUGGAUGCGAAGACCGGCAUCCCAGUGACCAAGAAGAGGUGGACCGAGCUCGAACUGAGCCUGUCCCAUCUCCAACAGAAUGUUGAGAUACCGGAGGUGUCACUGCCCUUUCACCCAAUUGUGCAGUCCGCUUUGGAUGAAGCGGCUGCCAGGCAAGCUAAGCCGACACUGGAUUUGAUUCCGCCCGCCGUUCUUCAGGACAGCACAUUCCUCAACAACCUGCAGGCUACCGUCAACAACUGGAUUAAGUCCAUACAGGUCAUCACCAAGAUGACGAGGGAUCCUACAACCGGGACGGCGACACAGGAGAUCAACUUCUGGCUGUCAAUGGAGUCGGCGCUUGAGGGGAUCGAGAAUCAGCUUCGGAGCGAAGGCGUCAUGCUCACGCUGGACAUUCUGAAGCAUGCCAAGCGAUUUCAGGCCACCGUCAGCUUCACUGCCGACACGGGCCUGAAGGAGGCCAUGGAGAAGGUGCAAAAGUACAACCAGCUGAUGCGCGACUUUCCCCUUGAUGAACUGCUCUCAGCCACCACUCUGCUCAAGGUCAAGGAUUCCAUCGGGCAAAUCUUUGCCCAUUUGAACAAGAAAUUGAGGAUAUGCCCCUAUCCGAUCCGCCGCGCCCUACCCCUGGUGGAGACCAUAUCGGGUGACUUGGACGAGGUGCUGCAUCGCCUUCUGCCAGGCACAGAGCUGGUUAAGCUCGAUUAUCAGGAUUUCCGCCGUGUUAUGAAGCAGGCCGAUGACAUUUUCCGGGUCUGGGACGAGAACAUCAAGGAGUUCACCAACGUUGCCCGCGAGGUCACUCGGCGCCGGAACGAGCGGUUCAUUCCCAUCAAAAUCACCCCAAGGCACGGCGAGCUGCAAGCCCGCCUGAAGUACGUCAGCAACUUUCGUGACAACCAUGAGCAGCUGCAGCGGACCAUCGUCAACGUCCUUGGCCCCAAGGCGACCGUUAACGGCAUUGCCGACGGGUCCGGUGCUAAUGGCACCGCCGUUGUGGAGGAGAUUGGUGAUGUCGAUGCUGUUGAGGAGGUGAGACAGGCCUGGGAAGGUCUGAAAGAUGUUGACCUCCUCGAUGUGACUCCUGAGGGCACGCAGAAAUGGGCCCGCGCCGAGAACGUCUAUAAUGAGCGGACCUCGCGUGUCGAGAAUUCUAUCAUUGCACGGCUUCGCGAUCGUCUUGCGACGGCCAAGAACGCCAACGAAAUGUUCCGCGUGUUCUCCAAAUUCAACGCGCUCUUUGUGCGACCCAAAAUCCGCGGCGCCAUCGCCGAGUACCAGACCCAAUUGAUAGACAACGUUAAGCAAGCCAUCACCGCGCUGCACGAGCGGUUCAAGCAGCAGUAUGGCCACUCUGAGGCACACGCCAUGGCCCAGCUGCACGACCUUCCCCCGGUUUCCGGCGCUAUCAUCUGGGCUCGCCAGAUCGAGCGGCAGCUUGACGGGUACAUGAAGAAGGUCGAGGACGUGCUGGGCGCUGACUGGACCAUCCAUGCCGAGGGACAGAGGCUUCAGAGCGAGAGCGACUUGUUCCGCAAGAAGCUCGACACACGACCCAUCUUCGAGGCUUGGCUUCACGAUGUGCAGAGAAAGCAAAUCUCGAUAUCUGGUCUUCUGUUCAACAUUAACCGGAUUCGGUCCGCCGGGAACGUGCUGGAGCUUGCGGUCAAUUUCGAUGCCCAAGUGAUUGCACUGUUCAAGGAGACACGGAACCUCGUGUGGCUCAACUUCCCCGUCCCUCACUCGGUCAACAACGUGGCCAAAGAGGCCAAGCGUGUGUACCCGUAUGCUGUCAGUCUGAUGGAGAGCGUCAGGACAUUUGCGCAGACCAAUCGGCAGAUUUCUGACAUGUCAGAGGUAGCCGUGCUUCUCAGCGGCCACCGUGACGAAGUCUUCGCACUGAUUGCCAAGGGUAUUCCCCUGAAGUGGGAGUCGUUUGUCAAUACCUACGAGGUGCACUUCAAGAACUACACGGCAAACGGCGGCCUCGACAACUUUGCCAAGAGCGGAGACAGCAAACAUGUCAUGUUUAUCCGCGAGUUUGCCUCGGCUGUGUCUUUGCUGCAGUCAAAGACUAUUACGCUGGCCAAUAUCCAUGCUACCGUGCAGAAGGCGCUGUCCGAGCUACAGAGAUGUCCCUACGAGGUCUCGGCCUUUGAGUCUCGCUUGGAGACGAUCCAGAGCGCGGUCGACCAGCUCAACCUCGAACAGUAUGUCAACCUCGGCUUUUGGGUGGAGGGCAUGAACAAGCAGAUCAAGGCGGUUCUGCUUGCUCGGCUGCAGCACUCCAUUCAGGCCUGGAUCGAAGCAUUUGAGGACGAACAUCUCGAGAGAUCAAACGAGCGUAAGCGUGCCCUCGAAGCCGUUGACGGAACCAGAGCAGACGUGCCUGUGAUCAGGAAGCUGGUUCACGAGAUCACAAUGCGGAACCAAGUCAUCUACCUCGACCCGCCACUGGAGUUUGCACGAGCCAGCUGGUUCUCACAGCUCCAGGAAUGGAUUGGCGUCGUCUGCAAUCUGAAGAAGAUCAAGGCUACCCGAUAUCAGAUGUCCAUCAGCACCACCGUGUAUGACGAACCGCGCUUCAACGACUUGCCCAGCGAAUGUACCCCAGCCCUGAUGCGGGUGCAGACAUCCGUCGAGAAGAAGAUCGGGGAAAUCGGCGCCUACGUGGAUAAAUGGCUCCAGUUCCAGUCCCUCUGGGACCUGCAAUCAGAGCAUGUCUAUGAUGUUUUGGGCGAUCAGCUAUCCAGAUGGCUGCAGCUUCUCCAGGAGAUCAGGAAGACCCGUCAGACUUUUGAUACCACCGAGGUCAGCCGCUCGUUUGGCCACAUCACAAUCGACUAUGACCAGGUACAGACCAAGGUCAACGCCAAGUAUGACCAGUGGCAGCAUGACAUCCUCAUCAAGUUUGCCAGCCGUCUCGGCACCCGCAUGCGGGAGGUGCAUGCAGAAAUUGAGAAGGCCCGCAGGGACAUUGAAGGGCAGGCGAUCGAGGCCAACUCAACAGCGCAAGCCGUUCAGUUCAUCACCACUGUCCAAACUUGCAAGCGCCAAGUCAAGCUCUGGGCCCCCGAGGUGGAGACCUUCCGACAGGGAGAAUCCACUCUCGUGAGGCAGCGAUACCAGUUCCCGAAUGACUGGCUCCAUGUCGAGCAGGUCGACGGCGCGUGGGACGCCCUCAACGAAGCGCUGGCCCGCAAGGCCAAGAUCGUCCAGGACCAGACAGACGCGCUGCGUGCUAAGAUCAUUGUCGAGGACAAGGUCAUACUCGACAAGAUCAAUGAGAUUGCUCAACUGUGGAACGAAGAGAAGCCCGUCUCGGGCACCAUCGCACCUGAUGUUGCGUCAGCUUUGCUCAGCGACUUCGAGACCAAGAUCACAAGGCUUCAAGAGGAGUCAGCCAUGGUCGCGAAGGCCAAGGAAGCCCUUGAUCUGCAGGCCAUUCCGGAAACUUCCCUUGCCGUCAUUCUCGAAGAGGUCCAGGACUUCAAGUCGGUCUGGGCUUCUUUGUCGACCAUCUGGAAUAACCUGAACGAGCUCCGCGAGAUCCUCUGGAACAGCGUUCAGCCUAGAAAGAUUCGGUCGUCGAUCGACAAUCUCAUCAAGAUGACCAAGGAGAUGCCCAGCAGGAUGCGACAGUACGCCGCCUUUGAGCACGUCCAAAAUGUUUUGCGGCAGCUCAUGAAGGUCAACCCUAUGCUCACCGAGCUCAAGUCUGAGGCCGUCCGCGACAGGCACUGGAUCAAGAUCUACAAGCAGAUCAAGCCCGGCAAGCGCUAUUCGCCGGUCUCCAUGACGCUUGGAGACGUCUGGGAUCUUAACCUUGUCGCUACCGAGGUCAUCGUCAAAGAUAUUAUCAUCCAGGCCCAGGGCGAGAUGGCCCUGGAGGAAUUCCUGAAACAAGUGCGCGAGACUUGGACAACUUACAGCCUUGACUUGGUCAACUACCAGAACAAAUGCCGUCUCAUCCGCGGUUGGGAUGACCUCUUUGCCAAAUGCAGUGAAAAUCUCAACUCGCUGCAAGCCAUGAGACAUUCGCCCUACUACAAGGAGUUUGAGGAAGAAGCGUCCAGCUGGGAAGACAAACUCAACCGGGUCCACGUGCUCUUUGACGUGUGGAUUGACGUCCAGCGCCAGUGGGUCUAUCUCGAGGGUGUCUUUACCGGCAAUGCUGACAUCAAGCACCUGCUCCCAAUCGAGUCGUCCCGCUUCCAGAACAUCAACAGUGAGUUCUCGGCAGUGAUGAAGAAGGUCUACAAGAACCCCAACGUUCUGGACGUCCUCAACAUUCCCAACGUCCAGAAGUCGCUCGAGCGCCUGGCCGAACUGCUCAACAAGAUCCAGAAGGCACUCGGCGAGUACCUGGAGAAGGAGCGAGUUUCGUUCCCUCGCUUCUAUUUCGUUGGUGACGAGGACCUGCUUGAGAUGAUUGGCAACAGCAACGAUACGAUGCGCAUUGCCAAGCACUUCAAGAAGAUGUUUGCUGGCCUGAACGGUUUGGUCAUGGAUGAGGAGUCAGCCAUCACCGGAUUCACGUCCAAGGAGGGUGAGGUCGUUCGGCUCAAGAAGGAGAUCAACCUGGUCAAGACGCCCCGAAUCAACGACUGGCUGGCAUUGCUGGAGAAUGGGAUGAAGGCAACGCUUGCUGAGCUCCUGGCUGAGGCUGUCGAUGAGUUUGGGCCAAUAUUCGCCAGCGAGGCCAUUGACCGCGAGGCUCUCACUAAGUUCAUGGAGGCUUACCCGAGUCAGAUUGUUGUGCUGGCUACCCAAGUCGUUUGGACCACCUCGGUCGAGCAGGCGCUGGCCGAUGGAGGCGCAACCCUGCAGGCCCUCCUCGAUCGUGAGGUACAGGUCCUGCGUCUCCUCGCAGACACGGUCCUCGGGGACCUCGAGGUGCUGAUGCGCAAGAAGUGCGAGCAGCUCAUCACCGAGUGCGUGCACCAGCGAGACGUGAUUGAGAAGCUCCGCGACGCCAACGCCCGCUCGAAUACGCAUUACCUGUGGUUGCUCCAGAUGCGCUAUGUCUACGCGCGUGAGGGCGACUUCCUUCAACGGUUGCACAUCAAGAUGGCCAAUGCCAAACUCAACUAUGGCUUCGAGUACCUCGGUGUGCCUGACCGGCUGGUGCGGACACCUCUCACGGACCGCUGCUUCCUUACCCUCACUCAGGCCCUCUGCCAGCGGCUUGGCGGUUCCCCCUACGGUCCCGCUGGUACCGGCAAGACAGAGUCCGUCAAGGCUCUCGGUAUCCAGCUGGGUCGCUUCACCCUCGUCUUCUGCUGCGACGACACGUUCGACUUCCAGGCCAUGGGCCGCAUUUUCCUCGGUAUCUGCCAGGUGGGUGCCUGGGGCUGCUUCGACGAGUUCAACCGCCUUGAGGAGCGCAUCUUGUCUGCUGUCUCUCAGCAGAUCCAAAAUAUCCAGCUCGGCUUGAAACAAGGCGCCGAAGAUGAGAAGGCCCAGAUCGAGCUCGUCGGCCGCCAGCUGCGGGUCAACCCCAACACGGGCAUCUUCAUCACAAUGAACCCUGGGUAUGCUGGCCGCUCCAAUCUGCCUGACAACCUGAAGAAGUUGUUCCGAAGUGUGGCCAUGUCCAAGCCGGACAAGGAGCUCAUUGCCGAGGUCAUGCUCUACUCGCAAGGCUUCAACCAGGCCAAGGAGCUGUCCAAACAGACGGUGCCUUUCUUCGAUCAGUGCUCGGCUAAGCUGUCAAAACAAGCGCACUAUGACUUUGGCUUGCGUGCGCUGAAGAGUGUGCUUGUCAGUUCCGGUGGGCUGAAGCGUGCUCGUCUGACGAGCGGCGACGGUAAGCUGGGCACGGAGGAGGUCGUUGAGCCCGAGAUCAUUGUCCAGAGUAUCCGCGAGACCAUCGCGCCGAAGCUGAUCAAGUCCGACGUCGACACCAUGAUGGGCAUCGAGGAAGUCUGCUUCCCCGGCGUCAAGUAUGUGCCUGCCAACCUGGCCCGGCUGGAGGAGGCGAUCCGUCGUCUGGCGGCUGAGAGGCACCUGGUUGUCAAUGACCUCUGGAUGACCAAGGUCCUUCAGCUAUACCAGAUCCAGAAGAUCCAUCACGGUGUCAUGAUGGUUGGCAACUCGGGGUCCGGCAAGUCUGCCGCAUGGAGGUUGCUGCUAGAUGCUCUGCAGCAGGUUGAGAAUGUCGAGGGCGUGUCGCAUGUUAUUGACAGCAAGGUUAUGUCCAAGGAGGCGCUGUACGGCAACCUGGACUCGACGACAAGAGAGUGGACGGAUGGCUUGUUUACCAGCAUUCUCCGCAAGAUUGUCGACAACCUCCGUGGCGAGGACACUAAGCGCCACUGGAUCGUUUUCGACGGCGAUGUCGACCCGGAGUGGGUCGAGAAUUUGAACAGUGUGCUCGACGACAACAAGCUGCUGACCCUGCCCAACGGCGAGCGUCUCAACCUCCCACCCAAUGUUCGCAUCAUGUUUGAGGUGGAAACUCUCAAGUAUGCCACCCUCGCUACCGUCAGUCGUUGCGGCAUGGUCUGGUUCAGCGAGGAUACUGUCACUCCCAGCAUGAUGGUCGCCAAUUACAUUGAGACAUUGCGGUCCGUUGCUUUUGAGGAUCUGGAUGAGGAUGCUGUUGCCACCGGCCAGAGCUCCGCCAAGGCCCUGGAGGUUCAGAAACAGGCAGCCGAUCUGCUACAUGCCUAUCUGACGACAGACAACUUCAUCCACCUGGCCCUUCGGGAGGCCGAGGGAUAUAACCACAUCAUGGAGUUCACCGUCGCUCGCGUUCUCCAUACCCUCUUCUCGCUGCUCAACAAGGCUGUUCGCAACAUCAUCGAGUACAACUCGCAGCACUCCGAUUUCCCGCUCGAUCCCGAGCAGGUUGAGGGUUACAUCGCGAAGAAGCUGCUUCUCGCGAUGGUAUGGGCUUUGACUGGUGACUGCCCCUUGGCAGACCGUAAGCUGUAUGGCGACAAAAUUGCGGGUUUGACCAGCUUCGGCUCGCCGCCGCUGGACGGCACGAGCUCCCUCAUCGACUUUGACGUCUCACUACCAGGAGGUGAAUGGUCGCCUUGGCAAAGCCAGGUGCCGACUAUUGAGGUCAAUACUCACUCAGUUACGCAGACUGAUGUGGUUAUUCCCACUCUGGACACGGUCCGCCACGAGGAUGUCUUGUACUCUUGGCUUGCCGAACACAAGCCGCUGCUGCUGUGCGGUCCUCCUGGCUCCGGCAAGACCAUGACGCUAUUCAGCGCUCUUCGCAAGUUGCCAAACAUGGAGGUGGUCGGUCUUAACUUCUCGAGUGCUACGACUCCUGACCUCCUCAUCAAGACCUUUGAGCAGUACUGUGAGUACAAGAAAACCCUCAACGGCGUCAUGCUCUCGCCCACGCAAAUCGGCCGUUGGCUUGUCAUCUUCUGCGACGAAAUCAACCUGCCCGCUCCCGACAAGUACGGCACGCAGCGCGCGAUUUCUUUCCUCCGCCAGCUGGUUGAGCACAAUGGCUUCUGGCGGACAUCCGACAAGUCUUGGGUUACUCUGGACAGGAUCCAGUUUGUUGGAGCCUGCAAUCCGCCCACCGACGCUGGUCGUACUCCGAUGGGUGCCCGCUUCCUCCGACACGCUCCGCUUAUCAUGGUCGACUACCCUGGCGAGCAAUCGCUCAUGCAAAUUUACGGCACCUUCAACUCGGCCGUGCUCAAGAUCAUCCCGUCACUGCGCGGCUACGCCGAGCCGCUUACCCAGGCCAUGGUCCGCUUCUACCUUGAGUCGCAACAGCGCUUCACGCCCAGGAUACAGCCACACUACGUGUACAGUCCUCGUGAACUUACGAGAUGGGUGCGUGGCGUGUAUGAGGCUAUCAAGCCGCUUGAGACGCUCUCUGUGGAAGGCCUUAUCCGCAUUUGGGCGCACGAGGCGCUCCGCCUCUUCCAGGAUCGUCUCGUGGCCGAAGAGGAGAGGAAGUGGACUGAUGAUGCUGUCUGCCGCAUCGCCAUGGAGUACUUCCCUACCAUUGAUGAACAGAAGGCGCUUGGCGGGCCGAUUCUCUUCUCCAACUGGCUCUCGAAGCACUACAUGCCCGUCGACCGCGAGCAGCUGCGCGACUUUGUCAAGGCCCGCCUCCGGACUUUCUGCGAGGAGGAGGUGGACGUGCCGCUCAUCCUGUUCAACGAUGUUUUGGAGCAUGUCUUGCGCAUCGAUCGUGUCUUCAGACAGCCGCAGGGUCACUUGAUCCUCAUUGGUGUCAGUGGCAGUGGCAAGACGACGCUCUCGCGUUUCGUCGCGUGGAUGAACGGUCUCAAAGUGUUCCAGAUCAAGGUCCACGGCAAGUAUUCGGCCGAGGACUUUGACGAGGAUCUGAGGGAAGUUCUUCGCCGGUGCGGCUGCAAGGGUGAGAAAAUUUGCUUCAUCAUGGACGAGUCAAACGUUCUUGACUCGGGUUUCUUGGAGCGCAUGAAUACCCUGCUGGCCAACGCCGAGGUCCCCGGUCUCUUCGAGGGCGACGACCUAGCCGCGCUCAUGACUGCCUGCAAGGAGGGAGCUCAGCGGCAAGGGUUGCUCCUGGAUUCACAAGAGGAGCUGUACAAGUGGUUCACGGGACAGAUUGUCAAGAACUUGCAUGUCGUGUUCACUAUGAACCCGCCCGAGGAUGGCUUGUCGUCGAAGGCCGCUACGUCGCCUGCGCUCUUCAACCGUUGCGUGCUGAACUGGUUCGGCGACUGGUCCGACCAGGCGCUAUUCCAGGUCGGUCACGAGCUCACUCAUUCAGUCGAUCUGGACCGCGCGAAUUGGUCUGCGCCGGAUACCUUGCCCAUUGCGUACCGCGGCCUCAACUUGCCACCGUCGCACAGGGAGGCCGUCAUCAACUCGAUGGUCUACAUUCAUUACUCCCUGCAGCGAUUCAACGCCAAGCUUCACAAGCAGCAGGGCAAGGUUACCUUCCUCACGCCGCGGCACUUCCUCGACUUCGUCGCGCAGUAUGUCAAGCUGUAUAAUGAGAAGCGGGAGGACCUGGAAGAGCAGCAGCGCCAUCUCAACGUCGGCCUUGAGAAGCUCCGUGACACGGUCGACAAGGUCCGUGAUCUCCGCGUCAGCCUCGCCGAGAAGAAGGCGCAGCUCGAGCAAAAGGAUGCGGAGGCGAACGAAAAGCUGCAACGCAUGGUUGCCGACCAGCGCGAGGCCGAGCAGCGGAAGAACACGUCCCUUGAAAUCCAAGCUGCGCUCGAGAAGCAGGAGGCCGAGGUGGCGUCUCGCAAGAAGAUUGUGCUUCAGGAUCUCGCCCGCGCCGAGCCUGCCGUUGAGGAGGCCAAGGCGUCCGUCAGUAACAUCAAGAGGCAGCACCUCACCGAAGUGCGGUCCAUGGGUGCGCCUCCCCAGGGCGUCCGGCUCGCGCUUGAGUCGGUCUGCACACUCAUCGGCCACAAGGUCAGCGAAUGGAAGCAGAUCCAGGCCGUCGUUCGUCGCGAUGACUUUAUCGCCAGCAUCAUCAACUUCAACAAUGAGAAGCAGAUGACGAAGGGGCUUAGGCUCAAGAUGCGCAACGAGUUCCUCUCCAACCCGGAGUUCACCUUCGAGAAGGUGAACCGUGCCAGCAAGGCCUGCGGCCCCCUUGUGCAGUGGGUUGAGGCGCAGGUCAGUUAUGCGGAGAUCCUGGACCGCGUGGGACCGCUGCGAGAGGAGGUCAUGGCGCUUGAGGAGCAGGCCCUGCAGACCAAGGCGGAGGCCAAGGCUGUCGAGGAGACGAUUGCGAACCUCGAGGCUAGCAUUGCGACGUACAAGACAGAGUACGCGGCGCUCAUCAGCGAGACGCAGGCUAUCAAGGCAGAGAUGUCGCGCGUCCAGUUCAAAGUUGAUCGCAGCGUCAAGUUGUUGGAUAGCCUGUCGUCGGAGAGGACCCGUUGGGAGGAGGGAAGCAAGUCGUUCGAGACGCAAAUCAGCACGCUGGUGGGUGAUGUGCUGGUGGCGGCCGCAUUCCUCGCCUACAGCGGUCUGUAUGACCAGACCUUCAGGAAAUCGAUGAUGGAGGAUUGGUUUCAUCAGCUGCACUUGUCGGGCAUCAAGUUCAAGCAGCACAAUCCCGUGACCGAGUACCUCUCGACCGCCGACGAGAGGCUCGGCUGGCAAGAGAAUACGCUCCCGGUUGAUGACCUCUGCACGGAGAACGCCAUCAUUCUCAAGCGCUUCAACCGCUACCCGCUCAUCAUCGACCCCUCCGGACGCGUUACCGAAUUCCUGCAGAGGGAGUGCAAGGAUCGCCGGCUUACGGUCACCAGCUUCUUGGACGACUCAUUCACGAAGCAGCUCGAAAGCUCGCUUCGCUUUGGCAACCCCAUCCUCAUCCAGGACGCGGAGCACCUCGACCCUGUUCUCAACCAUGUGCUCAACAAAGAAUACCAGAAGACCGGUGGCCGUGUUCUCAUCCAACUUGGCAAGCAGCAGAUCGAUUUCUCGCCAAGCUUCAAACUCUACCUGUCGACGCGGGAUCCCUCAGCUACCUUUGCUCCCGAUAUCUGCAGUCGCACGACGUUCGUCAACUUUACCGUCACGCAGAGCAGUCUGCAAACUCAGUCUUUGGCUGAGGUGCUCAAGUCGGAGCGUCCGGACGUGGACGAGCGGCGCUCCAACCUCAUCAAGCUGCAGGGCGAGUUCAAGGUCCACCUCCGGCAGCUCGAGAAGCGUCUCCUUCAAGCGCUCAACGAGUCGCGUGGCAACAUCCUCGACGAUGACAAUGUCAUAGAGACCCUUGAGACGCUCAAGACAGAAGCGGCCGAAAUCUCAACCAAGAUGAGCAACACGGAAGGCGUCAUGGCUGAGGUUGAGCAGAUCACCCUGCAGUACAAUGUCAUUGCACGGUCGUGCAGUGCCGUGUUUGCUGUGCUGGAGCAGCUGCACUACCUCAACCACUUCUACCAGUUCUCGCUGCAGUACUUCCUCGACAUCUUCCACUCUGUCCUGCACGGCAACCCGCAUCUGGCCGGAGAGAUGAACCACAACGCGCGUCGUGACAUUAUCGUCAAGGAUCUGUUCGUGACCACGUUCAAGCGCACGGCAUUGGGCUUGCUGCAGAAGGAUCGCGUCACGCUGGCGAUGCUGCUUGCUCAGGCGUCGCCAUACAAGAUGGAUAAGGGCUUGCUGGAUGUGAUCCUAGACGAGCGGGUCGAAGGCAAGGAUGUCUCUUCAGACACCGCGGGCAAGGACGACGCUUUUACGCGCGCGAGGCGGAUCGCACCGCUCAAAGAGAAACUCGAUGCUGUUUCAGAGACAGAGUGGGAUAAGUUUUUCACCGAGGAACUGGCCGAAAACUUCGUUCCCAAGGUGUGGGACGACAGGGCCGAGCCUGCUGACCAGGCCCUUGUGUCCCUGCUUCUUGUCAAACUCUUCCGCCUCGACCGCUUCGUCCCUGCCGCGGAACGCUUCGUCACGCUCGUGUUCGGGCCCGACCUCUUCGACAUUGUUGAAGACCUCAAGCGGACAGUCGACCAGGUCUCUGCCACACGGCCUAUUGCGCUUGUCUCAUCACCUGGCUUCGACGCCUCGUACAAAGUUGACAGCCUCGUCGAGCGCAUGCGCGUCCGCUGCACCAACAUCGCCAUGGGCUCCAACGAAGGGCUGGCCAGCGCCGACAAGGCCAUCGCCAACGCCGCGCAGACGGGGUCGUGGGUGCUCAUCAAGAACGUCCACUUGGCACCCACCUGGCUGCAGAGUCUGGAGAAGCGGAUGGAGUCGCUGAAUCCGAACAAGGACUUCAGGCUGUUCCUGUCGAUGGAGUCGUCGCCCAAGAUACCCGUCAACCUGUUGCGCGCCUCGCGGGUGCUCAUGUACGAGCAGCCGGCCGGUGUGAGGGCCAACAUGAAGGACUCGAUGUCUUCGCUGUCGACCAGGUCGGUCAAGAGCCCCGUGGAGAGGACGAGGUUGUAUCUGCUGCUGUCUUUCUUGCAUGCGGUGGUGCAAGAGAGGCUGCGGUACGCGCCCAACCUGGGCUGGAAGGGUUUCUGGGAAUUCAAUGAUGCCGAUUACGAAUGCUGCGCCUUUGUAAUAGACACAUGGAUCGACGUCACCGCGCAAAACCGCACCAACAUCGCCCCGGCCAACAUCCCCUGGGACAUGAUCCGCUACCUGGUCACGGAAACUUACGGCGGCAAGAUCGAUGACGAGGCUGACUUCAAGGUGCUCAACAACCUGGUGCACAGUGUCCUCACCCCGGCGGCGUUCGACAUUGGCCACAAACUUGUCGCGGCGCCAUCUGAGCAGGCAGGCGACGGCAGCACGGACUCGGCCGAGCUGGUGAUGCCGUCGGGCACGUCGCUGCAGGAGUUUAUGGGGUGGAUCCAAAGGCUGCCGGAGCGCGAGCCGCCUACGUACCUGGGGCUGCCGGCGAACGCGGAGAAGCUGUUGCUUGUUGGGCUGGGAAGGAGCCUGAUUGGGAAUCUGAAGAAGGUGACGGAUUUGUUGGAUGAGGGUGAGGCUUUGGUGACUGAGGCGUAGGGAGAUGUGAAGAAGGAGGGGGGUGUGGGUCGAUGUUGAAUUGGGGAAUGAAUUGGGGGUGGUAAAUCUGUUGUACACUGUCUUGGUCGAUGAGCUGUUUUCUGCCUGUCCUUUGGUGUUGUCGCAUAGAGGGUUAGAGGGGAGUGAUAUGGCUGUCGAGGCGGGUGGCGGGUUGAUCAGAAUACCCUGAUAUCUAGAGCAAGAUUGCGGUCUAAUUUGUUUCCAUCAGCACAUCGUUUACAUAUGAAAAGUAG